ACCGUUUUGAUUAAGUCUUUUGAUUACAUGGACGUGGCAAUGAAUCGUGUACUAGUUGUUUCCGUGCAGUUUUUGCUCAUUCUUUGUGCUCUGUCAGUGGCAAAGAAGGGCAAAUCUCUGAUCGAUGAGGUGGAUGAUUUGAAGGAGUUUAAAAAGCUUCUUCGUACCAAGACCAACCUGCUUGUUAUAUACGCCAAAUCAGGCAAUGCAGCUUCUAAGUCAAUGUCGCUGUUUGAAAGUGUGGCUGAGGAAGUCAAGGGUAAAGGCACGCUCGCGUUUGUAGACUGCAGUGACGCAAAGAAGCUGUGUAAGAAUUUGAAAGCCACCCCAUCUCCAUUAGAACUCCGGCAUUACAAAGAUGGGGAUUUCAACAAAAACUAUGAUAGAAAAAUGGUGCAGAAGUCACUGGUCAACUUCAUGCUGGAUCCGACUGGAGACAUCCCGUGGGAGGAGGAGCCAGACGCAGGAGAUGUCCUUCAUUUUGACAGCCCUCAGGCAUUCCAGAAAACUCUUAGAAAAGAUAAGAAGCCCAUGCUGGUCAUGUUUUAUGCCCCUUGGUGUGGUUUCUGUAAGAGGCUGAAGCCGGACUAUUCUGCUGCAGCCACGGAGCUGAAGGGAGAAGUGAACAUGGUCGGUAUUGACGUAGACAAGCCUCACAUGAUGGCUCUUAGGACCGAGUUCAAUAUCACCGGAUUCCCCACUCUCUACUACUUUGAAAAUGGGGAGAUGAAAUAUAAAUAUGGUGGAGAAAAUAAUAAAGAGGGUUUAAUAAAGUGGCUUAGAAACCCAGGUCCACCGGAGGAACCCAAGCCGGAGUCAACGUGGGAGGAUGAAGCUCCGGAGAUUACUCAUCUCCAUGACGACACGUUUGCCAACUUCCUCGCAACACAUUCUUCCGUUUUAGUAAUGUUUUAUGCUCCGUGGUGUGGACAUUGUAAGAAAAUGAAGCCAGAGUACCAGGAGGCUGCACAGACUUUACAAACAGAAAAUAUUGAUGGAGUUUUAGCAGCUGUUGAUUCCACAGUAGACAAACAGCUGGGAGAUGAGUUUAAAGUUCAGGGCUUUCCAACAGUUAAAUAUUUCAAAGAUGGAGAGUUCCAGUUUGACUUCAACGAAAGGACAGCAGAUAAAAUUGUAGAAUUUAUGAAGGAUCCUAAGGAACCCCCACCGCCCCCACCCCCAGAGGCAUCAUGGGAAGACAUGCCCAGCGAAGUGACCCACCUUACAGACGAGACAUUUAAGUCAUUCCUGAAAAAGAAGAAACAUGCACUCAUUAUGUUUUACGCCCCUUGGUGCGGACAUUGCAAGAAAGCCAAACCAGAGUUUAUGCAAGCAGCUGAAAAAUUAAAAGAUGAUACCAAAGUUGCCCUUUGUGCCAUAGACUGCACCGUCCAGAAGGCUAGUUGUGCCGCCCACGAUGUCAAUGGUUACCCUACAUUCAAAUACUUCAAUUACGGCAAAAACUCACAGAAAUAUAUGGGCGGUAGAGAGGAGGCAGAUUUUAUCAAGUUCAUGAGGGACCCUCUGAACACUGACCCUGAGCCCAGCAAACCUCCAGCUCCCAGCCAAGAAGAACACUGGAAUGAUGUUGCUGGCUAUGAGAAUAUUCACUUCCUCGGAGAGGCUACAUUUGACACGUUUAUUCAGGAACAUAGCUCAGUUUUGGUUAUGUUUUAUGCACCAUGGUGCGGCCAUUGUAAGGCUAUGAAACCAGCCUACAGUGAGGCGGCUACUAAACUGAAGGAAGAAGGAUUCCCUGGAGUUAUAGCGGCCGUUGAUGCUACAGUAGAUAAUGCUGUGUCUUCCAAGUAUGAAGUUAGAGGCUUUCCUACAUUAAAGUAUUUCAAGGAUGGCAAGUUAGCCUUCGACUAUGGUUUUCCCAGGACUACCGAAGCACUCAUUGCAUUUAUGAAAGAUCCCAAGGAACCCCCACCGCCACCUAAACCGGAGGCGGCCUGGAGCACAGUACAAAGUAACGUGAAGCACCUCACAGGGACCGAUUUCUCUGAUUUUACGGCCGCCAAGCAGGCGGUCCUGGUCAUGUUUUAUGCCCCUUGGUGUGGGCAUUGUAAGAAGUCGAAGCCCGCAUACCAGGCUGCUGCCGACAAACUUGCUGAUGACUCAAAGGCAUUUGCUGCUGUUGAUUGCACUGGGACUGAAAAUAAGGAACUAUGCGAAAAGGAAGGAGUUCAGGGAUUUCCAACAAUAAAACUUUACGUGAAGGGGAAGUUCCUUACAGAAUACAACGGCGAUAGAACGGAAGAAGAAUUUUACAAAUUUGUAUUAAAUGCACCCGCUCCAAAGGAAGAAUUAUAAUAGAUUAUACAAUUCUAGGUUUAUUAAAAUUGGGUGAAAGAUAUAUAGCAAUAAUAUGGGGAUAUUAUAGCAUGUAUACUAUCUUUGUGUCAACUACCAAUCUUCUUUUAAUUUGUCCAUAGUUUUUAAUAAAAAAAAAAUCUUAUUAAUAUAACCACCCAAAAUUAUUAAUUGGGAAGAUUAUUCUGUUGUUGUUUUUCAUUAUUAUAAUGACCGGUUUAUUAUAAGCAUUGUUAUUUAAUUUUUCAAAACGGCAGACACCUUAUUGACAUGUACCUCAGUAAUCUCAUUAUUUAAUUUGCCAUUUUUCUGAAAGUUGUUAGCUGUUUAAUUCUGAAAUUUCUGUGUCUUUAAAAUAGUGCUUUGUAUAAGUCUUACAAAUGUUAAGUGAGGCAUAAAAUACCAUAAUGUACAAACUGAAAAUAUUUUGUAUUUUUUUUAUUGGUGUUGGGGAGACCCUUUUGUGAUGAAUACUAUGAUUAUGCAAUUAUUUUUUGUGUCUGAUUAUAUAUUUUAUGACAGUUAUUCAAUUUAUUUCAAUACAUGAAUCCAUUCCAACAUUUUUUCAAAUAUUUUAUAAUAAAAUAAUACAUAAAUCGUUCAUUUUUUUAAUGUUGUAAAAAUAAAAAUGAUAAGUUUCAAAUUAUAAGACAGAAGGUUCGCUUAACUUGCAUAAUUUAAGAAAAAAUGUUAAAAAAUAAAAGGAUAUGUGUAUUUUUUUAAAAAUGAAUUACCCUGAUAUAUCAAAAGGGAAAUGCUGGUUUAUUUGGGUUCUAAAGGGAUUUUUUUGGAUCACAAAAAUGUUUGAAAUCCAGGUCAGGGGUCAUAUUUAAAUUGUAGAUUUUUUUUGGUUUAUUUAGAAAUAUGGUAGAUGGUUUAAUUAUGUUGUAUAAUAUGCUGAUGGUUUUGUAAGAAGGUGAACGUAAAAUUACCUACAACUUACAUGUACAAUGCAUAUUUAUGAUUGUUAGUGUGUUAGAAUUGUUCUAACAAGCAAAAACAUGCCUUAUUAAUGAUUUUUAGUUUGUUAGAACCAUAACAAGCAAAAACAUGCCUUAUUAAUGUUUUUUUAGUGUGUUAGAGCAAUAUCAAGCGAAAUCAGGUAUUAUUAUAGCAACUUUAUGAAGAGUCAAUUUUUAGAAUCAUAUCAAGUACAUGUGUUUUUUACAAAAAAGAAAUGUCAAUCAUCUUAAAAAUUCCCAUGACCUUUGAUCUCAUCAGAGCGUGGAAACUGCAAUUCUAUUUUUAGUAAAUAGAAACUAUGAUGUCAUAGUGUUGCGUAUGUCAUGGCUAUUAGUAACACCAAUUGAUACACAUCUAAACAUGGGAACCGCAGUUCUAUUUUUAGUAACAAUAAACUAAGAUGUCAUAUUAUUGCUGAUGACAUAUUUACUAGUAAUAUUUAUUAAUACACAUCUCACCAUGGAAACCGCAGUUUUAUUUUUAGUAACAAAAAAUGAUGAUGUAAUAUAAUUUACUUAACAAAAUGAGAUAAUGGACCAUAUUCAACAUCAAACCAAGAUUGAACUGAAAUUUGAGAUCAGAAUCCAAGUGCUUUGCGGACAGUAAAAAUAGUCCAUAAAUAGAUUGCAUGAAAUCAAUGAGCCAUGUCUUAGGGUAAUUAGGCUUAGAAUUAUAUUGAAUACAGGCUCAGCUGUUGUUUUUUUGUUAUAGAAUUCUCUUGCUGUGGUUCACUUUGAAAAAGAAAAAAAACAUGUUAAUGUUUCUUUUUAAGUUUAAAUUUUUGUCCGAAAUAGUUUUUUUGUAGACUUUGCACAGUUUUUGAUGUUAGUUUUCUAAGACUGUUUGUUUAACCACCAAGUUACAAUUUGUCACCGAUUUUUCACUCAUCACAUUCUUAUCUUAACCUUGAUACUUUAUAUUGACACAUGUAUAUUCUGCUUCUAAAUAUUUAAAGGGUACUGUACACUGUAAAAUGACUAAAAUAGUUCAACAGCGACUAAAUAUUCUUAAAGCUGCACUCUCACAGAUUGAACGUUUUGACAACUUUUUUAUUUUUUGUCUUGGAACGAGCCAAUUUUUGUGAAAAUCCAUGGAAACCAAUCAUAUAAGACUGCUGACAAAAAAUUAGAUCACAGAUCUUUUAUUUAAGUUCAAAAAUUGUUUUUUAUGCAUUUUUCUUAAACCGUUAGUAACGGUUUAAGCCAUAAAACAUUAAUUUUCGAACAGAAAUAUGAAAAUCUGCGAUCUGAUCUUUUGUCAGCAGUCUUAUAUUAUUGGUUAGCAGAUAUUCACGCAAAAAUUUGCCCUUAUCAAGACAAAAAAUAAAAAAGUUGUAAAAAUGGUAAAUCUGUGAGAGUGCAGCUUUAAGUGUCCAUCCAAAUUGAUUGUGCCAUACGUUGGUUGUUAAACACUGGUGCAUUUACAUUAAGAUAAAAACAACAACAACAAAAACAUGUUACGCUUUAUGAAGGAGCUGUAAAUUGAUUAAAUUUUGCGAGGGACUUUUUUCCCCGAAAUUAGCGUUUCCCUUAUGUUGCGAUUCCAGAAUUUCAUAUAAUGAUUAUCAAAUAAACAUUAUUUAUGCAAAAAAUGUUACAAAUCAUUAUAAUAUGGCAAAACAUAACUUCCGAAAAAAGUUAAUAAAAGUAAGAAUUUGCAAAAUAAAGACCUCGCAAAUGUAUAUAACCUACAGCAUUAAAGAAAUAAAAGAUACUCCUUGGAAAUUUACUUCACAGUUUGCUUUAUGUAUGAUUUAUUGUUUCGUCACCAAUAUCUUACUAUAAAUAUUUAAAAAUGAA